UUUGGUAUAGGAGAGGAAUUGGAUUUUUCAGCACUGACCUCGUUGGACACAGCCUGAAUUCAGCCCAAACCCAAGUUCCACCACACGUUUCUUUACCCUAACCUUUUCGCUGCUCCAGCGAGGCAUACAGCCGCCGCCGUUUCUUCAUUCUUCCUUGCAGCGCCGACGCUCCAUCUUCCGCUCCCUCCCUUGCUCGCGCUCGGCACGUAGGCGACGGUGGCAGCGCUCAGCCUCGGGCUCUCAGCGACGGCGUCAGCGGCUUCCCCUCUCGCCAGUCGCCUCGUCCUCCGCACACCGGCCGGUGGCCCUGCCAGCAAAGAGGCAACGGAGAGGGUUUCCAGAACAGAGUAUACAGAGGGCAAGGCUGUUAUGAGCAACAAGGAGGAGAAAGAAUGCCAAAUGACCAAAGAAGAGAAGAGGCGGAAGAAGAGGGAGAAACAUAAGGACAUGGGUCAGAGCGGCGAUUAUGAGGGUAAGGCUGUUAUGAGCAACAAGGAGGAGAAAGACUGCCAAGUAACCGAAGAAGAGAAGAAACGGAAGAAGGGGAAGAAGCAUAAGGACAAGGGUCAGGGCAGCAAUUCUGAUAGCUCAUGUGCCAGGAACCAUAGCAUUGAGAUGGAGCAAGCUGAUGUGUCAGCCAAGAUGGCUGAAGACUCCUGCUUGGAGCAUGCAGAGGCUGUUACGAGCAAAAGCUCUGCGAAGAAACACAGGAAGAAAAAGAGGAAAGAUAAAGAGGUUGAAACUAUUGGCCAGAAGCAGAUACUCGAUGCUGAUGAAAAUGUUGGGUCAGAAGAUACGAAGAGGAACAGCAGAGAAAGGGAACAUGAUAGGAAGUCAAAGAAGCACAAACGAAAGCAUCAGGAUGACGAGACUGCCUCAAAUGGUUCUUCUGGUAAUCAAAUUGUUUUAGGGGAAGAUAAGAGGACGGAAAAAGAGUAUUUAGUUACCUUGGAUUUGGAAGAGGACAAUAAAUCUGAUAUGUCAAAGAUUGGGAAGAAGACAGAUAGCAAGAAGAAGAGGAGAAAAGAGAGAAAUGAUGGUGUUGACCUAAGACAAAAUACACUAGUUGGAGAGGGCAAGAAUGGUAAGAAUAACAAAGAGAAAAAAAUGUGUGAGGAUGAGAAUGGUGGCGGUGAAAGAGAGAAAGAAAACAUGGGAAAGCAGAAGGAUAAGUGUAGACGAGUGAGCUUCACUGAUCAUGUGGAGGUGUUUAAUAUAGGUGGUAGUGAUGAUGUAGAGGGUGAUGGGAGUGGUGAAACUGAACUUGUGCAUGGACGACGGUUUAGCCCUGAGGAAGAUGCAAAGCUAAUGGAAGCGAUAUUGAAAUAUGCAGAGUUGAAGCAAUUAGGAGAGAAAGGGUUACAGAUGAUUGGGGAAAGUAAUAAGCAUCCAGAGACCAGGGGUUGUUGGGCUGAAAUAGGAAAAGCAUUACCUCAUAGACCCAAGAAAGCCAAAUACGCGCGUGGAAAGGUUUUACUUCAAAGGAGUGCUGAACGUAAAUGGACCGCUGAGGAGUAUGAGAUAAUUCGACGGUUUGUUGAAAAGAACGGCCGAAAUUGGAAGGUAUUAGCAAAAGAACUUGGAAAGAGUGAAAUCCAUGUAAAAGAUACUUGGAGACGAAUAAAGUUCAAAAAUUUGAAAAGAGGGACUUGGAGUCAGGAUGAGUACCAAAACUUGUUUGAUUUGGUAAAUCUGGACAUGCGUGUGAAAGCCCAUCAAAACAUCAAUACUGGUCACCGUCAUAUAAGAGAUAACAUUUCUUGGGAGGCUAUCAGUGAAAAAUUAACCACUCGUAGAGCCGAAGAAUGCUGCACGAAAUGGUACGGGCAAUUGGCAUCGCCGCUGGUUAAACAAGGAAUCUGGGCAGAUACAGAUGACUACAUGUUAGUGGAAGCGCUUCAAAAUGUCGAUGCUGUUUGUGCUGAAGAUGUGGACUGGGAGAACCUUCUCGAGCACAGGUCUGGGGAGCUUUGCCGUCAUAGAUGGAACCAGAUGAUUCGCCUGAUGGGUGACCACAGAUAUAGGCCUUUCAUUGAGCAAGUGGAAGUGCUUGCAAGGCGGUACUGCCCAGAGAUGCUUGCGUACAGGAAACCAGUCGCAGGUGGAUCCUCGGCCGACGAACCUGCUGGAGCCUCUGACUUGUAAUAUGGGAUCUUUAGAAACGUUAGCAGCAUAUGGUUCUAGAGCUGCCAAGGGUGUCGUCAGCACUCUGAUCUCAACAAACUUUGGUAUUGUUGAGGGCUUAUGUAUCUUCUGGAUUUGAAAUCACGGAUGUUUUAUCGCCCAACUAAUCAUGAUUUGGGGCUCGAUUAGAGAACGACUAGGAAUCAGGCCGUCCAGUUAGAACUAAUAGUCUGAUUAAGUGUUGGAUGACUGUUGAAAAUGCAAUGUGAACUUAGCAGCUGUGCACUUGCACUUUUACCUUGGACU